AAUAGCCUAUUCAAACCACCUUUGAUGGAGAUAGUUCUGCGCUUCUGAUGUAGUAUGCCAUGGGCUAUAUGUUUUGGAUAAUUUCAAAUUACCAGUUAUAUUAUCUGAAGCUCCAGAGUCAAUAAUCUAUGUAUUGGUUGAAUUUUAGAGAUUAUAUGAGAUAUUUAGUAAAUUUAACUGAGUAGGAAGCAGAUCACGUUCUUCUUGGAUUAUUUAUUUGAUGAUUACUUAAUAAAUUUCUCAAGCACUCCAUUUGGUCUUUACUAAAAACAAAUUUCUAAUUCUGUUUGUUCACCCGGUACUUCAACUUCCACGACUGAGUUUCUUCUCAACUCUCUUUCUAGACUUCCUUUUGUUUCUUUUCCUCCUUGAUUCCAAUUUUGUUUCCAAUCCUGUGGCUUUUCAUGAAGCUUCUAGCAAAUCUUCUUUGAGCGGUCAGACUUUCUACAGUGACUGCACCAUAGCUUUCUCUUUUUCUGUUUCAUCUCUCGUUGAAGUGACUGAGUGUUUUGAGCAGAAAGUGCUGAACUUUCGGGAAUCUGAAUAUGUGUUUGGAUUCUCGAGCAUGAUUUUCUUUCAACUCUUCUGUACACACUUCUGCAAAUGCUCCACAGAGAUUGACACUUGGUUUCAUUCUCAGGAUUCUUCCUUGGAUAUUAUCUACUUCCUUGUUAAGUCCAAGAAAAAAUUUGUACAACCUCUUCUUCUCGAUGAUUCUCUAAUAGUUAAGACUGUCUUCUGGGCAGUACUACAGUUGCUCUUCAUACACAUCAAGCUGUUGCCAAUUCCUUAUCAAAGCAUUGAAUUACUGGGUCACUGUCAAGUAGUACUAUUGAAAGUUGUGAAGAAUGCUUUCUAUGACGAAGAGUUCUGAGAAGUUAUCUACCUUGGAGUAUGUUUUACGAUUUGCAUCCUAGAUUUUCUUAGCUGUCUUGAAUAGGAGGAAAUUCUCUCCUGAUUUUUUUGUCAUUGAAUUGAAAAGUCAAGACAUUAUCAUACAGUCUUCUAUUUUCUGAUUUUGGUACAUUAUCACACAGUUGUCCUAGAUUUUCUUAGCUGGCGGAUAAGUGGCUCCUGUAAGGUGGUCAUCUUUCCCUUUCUUGCACAUGUACGUCAUGACAGACUGCGAUGGAGGUAGGUUGUUUUGGCCAUUUAACUUGUAUGUGGUAAUGGAUAUCAUUGAAUUAUCCAUUGGAAUAGUUUCUGUUGAUUCCAUGACUUAUGGUUUCAAGGCUUGAAGAUGGCCGGAAAUGUCGUACUUUGGCAUUCUGGGUAUCCUAGGACAGAAAAUAUACUUAUAAAAGGUUUAGAAAACUUUCCUCUAUUAGAAUUCUAGUAUCAAAUUUAGAUCCUAUUUUUUCUCCUAGAUUUUCUGCUAAUAUUUCUUCUCCUAGAUACUAGUGGAAUCAUUAGGUCGACAUAAGCAAAAUAUUCAUAUGGGUAAACAACAAUAGAGUAGGAUUUAAUAUUAAAAAGGUAAACACAAGCAAAAUAUUCAUAUGGAACCAUUAGGUCGAUGGAUUCAUCUUUGAUACUCCUAAUACUGAUGGUCCCGACAGCACUUAUUAUUGUUCAGGUCAUCUUACAGUGUUUGUAGUUCUCCCUAUGUUAACACUAUAUUUGGUUCAACUCAAUUCCUAUUCCUAUUCCUACCUUAAUUACUAUAAUAUAUCAAUUUGGGAACUCCGAUUUUUUUCCAUUUUUGAUUCACAAUAAAACUAAUUCCAUUUUUAACUUGAUUCUUUCAUAUAGGGAUUUUGAUCUAGGCUUGGCCAGGUAAGAAUUGAAAAUCCACUAGCUUGAAUGAAUUCUAUCUUUGUUCGAAUCUUAUCCCAUUUCUGUGAUUUAUAUUUCACGGAUUAGUUGUUUUGUAUCAUUCCUAGCCUUAUCUGGCCUGAAGUUGAUGUUUAUUUUCUGCAUACAUCUGUUACAGCUGUGGAUAAGGUUUCGAAAAUUCUUUUUCAGCUCUUUACUUCUUAAGUAUUGAAAGAAGGACUUCCACUUUGUUGGAUGCUUAUAGUUAUCUUUAGGCCACUAGUGGUUGUCAAAUUUAUCUGCUCACUGAUUCUUCCAACUAAUUUCCUUUAAAAAAGCUUCAUGUUUGUUUGUUUUCACUUUUUUCCCACCUUCAACUACAUUUGGUUCUUUGUUUAGGAGAAUGAAGUUUAAGGUCUUUACCUCACAUUGACAACCUUUGCAUGGUGCAAACUUUUUCAGCAUUAGGUUUUUUUCUCCACGUGUUAGAAUCUACAAUUCCUGGCUUGGGGACGAGCCGAGUGUUAUUGAAUGUGAUUUGUAUAGCAUUUAAUAUUUUAAUCAGUAAUCAGAAUCUCUCAAUGCCAUAUAAAUGUUGUACUUGGUUUAUUUUCAAGUAGGACAACGACAUUUACAAUGUUUGAGUUCUAGCUGUUGGAAAAUGAAAGAAAUGUAUCUUGUUUUGCAAAAACAGUAGUUACAAAUAUUUAAUAGGAUAUUCACAUAGCAAUGUUGUCCCAUUUGGUGCUUGUAGUCUUGGUACUUAUAACUCGGCUUCUCAGGGAGUAUGAUGAACAGUGAAAGAUGAAAGAAUAGGUCAUCUUGUUUGGCAUGGCAUAGCCUUUGCCAUUUUAGUAUAGUUAGCGUGGAUGUUCCAAUAGAUAGUUAUUGAAGAAUGUAUAAGAUAUAUACUUCACAGAAAUCUGAAAUCAUCUUGACAAAGGAAAUGGAAUGAAAGACAAAUGAGGGAAAAAAAAAAAGGAUCUAUGUUUUUGUAUCCCCUUGUGCAUCUUAUAAAUUUUUGUACUCCAUAAGUUAUUACGAAUUCAGUACUGUUGAGGUUUAGAAUAAAUGAACUUUAGAGUGCAUCAUUUAAUUCCAUUUGAAAUUCUCUUGGAAAUCAAUUUUCACCAUCUUCUGAUAAAAUUUUUAUUAACUUUUAGUGAAUUAAGUGUAAAAUUACAAAUGCACUCUACACAAAUAGUCCAAUAUUCUAAAAAUCUAAGUGACAUUGAGUGGAUAUGCAUCUGUUGAGUUUGGUACUUACUUUUCAAGGGUAGACAAAUCUGAAGACUAACUUGAUGUUGGCUUUCGUAUUCAUCUCUAGUGGCUCACUUUACUGAUUCUAGCUCAUCUUGUUAUAGUUCAUUGGGGCCACAAUGGGCUCAUCAGGGCUACAGCUUCAAACUGAAAAUGGUCAAAUUGCAAUGCCCAGUAAUAUCUGUUGUGUUGUUGUGGAAUAUCUUCCUGGAGGUGCUCUAAAAACUUACCUCAUAAAGAACAGGAGAAGGAAGCUAGCUUUCAAAGUGGUUGUCCAGCUUGCGCUCGAUCUCGCUAGAGGGUUGAGUUACCUACACUCGCAGAAGAUUGUUCACAGGGAUGUAAAGACAGAGAACAUGCUGUUGGAUAAGACGCGCACUGUAAAAAUUGCAGAUUUUGGGGUGGCACGUGUUGAGGCCUCAAAUCCUAAUGACAUGACUGGGGAGACUGGGACACUAGGUUAUAUGGCUCCCGAGGUUCUGAAUGGAAACCCAUACAAUAGGAAAUGCGAUGUGUACAGUUUUGGCAUCUGCCUAUGGGAGAUAUACUGCUGUGACAUGCCAUAUCCUGAUCUUAGCUUCUCGGAAGUGACUUCAGCUGUGGUUCGCCAAAAUCUGAGACCGGAAAUACCAAGAUGUUGCCCAAGUUCUCUUGCAAAUGUAAUGAAGCGAUGCUGGGAUGCAAACCCUGACAAGAGGCCGGAAAUGGAUGAAGUAGUUUCAAUGUUGGAGGCCAUUGACACAUCGAAAGGUGGAGGCAUGAUUCCGAUGGAUCAAGCUCAGGGCUGUCUCUGCUUCCGGAGGUACCGAGGGCCUUAAGCAAUUAUUUGCUUUAAGCAGUUGAGAUAUUUGGGUACUAUUGAUUUAAAGUUAAAAUUAGGAGACAUUUUAAAUCUGUAUUUAUUUAGCAAUGAGAGGAAGUAAUUUGAAAUACCAAGCUGAGAGAGAAAAGAAAGAAUGGUGGUGGGUAUAGGAUGAGGAGCUGUGCUAAAAAUCUCACAUCAUGUAAAGCUUUUGUUUUGUCAUUCUGGUUUUUCUUUUUUCUUUUUGGGGUUCCAGAUAUGUAUUUUUAUUAGACUCUGGCCAGUCUGGUUGGUUGCACUGGUCCCAUCCAA